GGCGCGCCGCCGCGUUUUCCGCCCGCGGCCCCAGACGCACCGAGUCCGGCGGAGCGGCGCCUCCUCCGCCUCAGCCGCCGGUUCCCGGCUCCCGGCUCCCGAUUCAGCCCGACGCGGCGGGAGCGCGGCCCAGGCCCCGGAGAAAGAGGAGGGGGGUGAGAGAGAGAGAAACAUCGAUGGGACAGGAACAUCGGCUGGUUGCCUUCUCACAUGCACCCUGACCGGGGAUCGAACGUGCAACCUGGGAGAACAUUAAGUUGGAUAAAAAAGGGGGGCGAUAAUGCACCACGGCGGUGGCCCUCCGAAUGUCCAGCACCAGCUGCAGAGGUCCCGGGCCUUCGCCAGCAGUGAAGAAGAGCAGCAGGCCCACCCAAACCCACCCCCAUCCCCUGCCGCGCCCUUCGCGCCCUCGGCCAGCCCGUCUGCACCUCAGUCACCCGGGUACCAGGUUCAGCAGCUCAUGAGCAGGAGCCCUGCGGCUGGGCCGAACGUGAACCUCACCCUGCAGAAUGUGGGGCCGGUGGUGGCAGGGAACCCCCCGCUCACACUGGCCCCACUGCCGCUCCCCAGCCCCACCUCUCCGGGCUUCCAGUUUAGUGCCCAGCCAAGGCGCUUUGAGCACGGAUCACCAUCCUACAUCCAGGUCACCUCACCACUGUCCCAGCAGGUGCAGACCCAGAGCCCCACCCAGCCCAGCCCCGGGCCGGGGCCGGGCCUGCAGAGCGUUCGGGCGGGCACCCCCGGGCCCGGCCUGGGCCUCUGCAGCAGCAGCCCCACCGGAGGCUUCGUGGACGCCAGCGUCCUGGUGAGGCAGAUCAGCCUGAGCCCGUCCGCGGGCGGGCACUUCGUGUUCCAGGAGGGCUCAGGCCUCGCCCCGGUGGCCCAGGGAGCGCCCGUCUCGCUGCAGCACGCGGGGGCUCCCAUCGCAGCGCGAGAACGGAGACUGUCCCAGCCCCAUGCACAGCCCGGGGGCACUGUGCACCACCUGGGACCCCAGAGCCCUGCAGCCUCGGGUGGGGCUGGCUUGCCGCCCCUGGCCAGCCCCAGCCAUAUCACCACAGCCAGCCUGCCGCCCCAGAUCAGCAGCAUCAUCCAGGGGCAGCUGGUCCAGCAGCAGCAGCAGGGGCUGCAGGGGCCGCCACUCACCCGACCUCUGCUGCCCGGGGUCGGGGGGGCAGCAGCGUUCGGGAUGACAUCCCCACCGCCCCCCAGCAGCCCUUCCAGGACUGUAGUGCCCCCCGGCCUCUCCAGCCUGCCCCUCCCAUGCACGGGCAACAGGAAGGUGCCCAGGAAGCUGGAGGAGAUCCCCCCGGCCUCCCCAGAGCUGGCCCAGAUGCGGAAGCAGUGCCUGGACUCUCACCACCGGGAGAUGGAGGCGCUGCGGGAGGCCUUCAAGGAGUACCUGAUCGAGCUCUUCUUCCUGCAACACCUGCAGGGGAACAUGAUGGACUUCCUGGCUUUCAGGAAGAAGCACUACGCCCCUUUACAAGCUUAUCUUAGGCAGAAUGAUCUGGACCUGGAGGAGGAAGAGGAGGAAGAAGAGGAAGAGGAAGAAAAGUCUGAGGUCAUCAACGAUGAGGUAAAGGUUGUGACAGGAAAGGAUGGGCAGACUGGUACUCCCGUUGCUAUAGCAACCCAGCUUCCGCCAAAUGUUUCUGCUGCUUUUUCAUCCCAGCAGCAACCAUUUCAGCAGCAAGCCCUCGCGGGGACCCUGGUGGCAGGGGCUGGAAGUGCAGCAGAAACGGACCCCUUUAAGAGGCAGGCGGCAGGGCCCCCGGCAGAGCAGUCUAAGCGACCUCGACUUGAAGUGGGUCACCAAGGGGUAGUUUUCCAGCACCCAGGGGUGAAUGCAGGAGUUCCUCUCCAGCAGUUAAUGCCGACAGUUCAAGGAGGGAUGCCUCCCGCCCCCCAGGCUGCCCAGCUGGCCGGACAGAAGCAAAGCCAGCAGCAGUACGACCCGUCCACCGGACCUCCGGUGCAGAACGCCGCCAGCCUGCACACGCCGCCGCCGCCACUACCUAGCAGGCUGCCCCCGGCUGGCCUCCCAGCUGUGCCCCUGCCGCCUGCGCUGCAGUUCCCGCCACAGCCACCCAUGGGGGAGCCACCGACACAGCUGCAUAUCCCCGCGAAGGCCCAGCAGCCCAACGCCCCCCUCCCCACCCCUGCCGCCGGCCAGCUGCCUGUGCUAUCGCAGCCCGCACAGCCAACCCUGCUCAGCCCGGGGCCCGGGAAGGUGCAGAUGCAGGCCCCUCUGCCGCCGUCCCAGCCGCAGAUGGUGACGUCCGCGAGACCACCCGCAGACCCCAUGCAGCCCUGUACCCGGCCCCCGCCCACCUCCUCCAACUCAUCCGUUGCUCCUGGCAGCAUCUCGGGCCCAGGACCCUCACCUGCGCGGGCCUCCCCAGUGAGCAGACCCUCCUCAGCAGCCAGCAAGACGCUGUCUCCAGUUGUCUCCCGGUCCCCAGGGGCGGCCGUGUCAGCCCCGGCAAAACCACAGAGCCCAGCUCAGAGUGUGGCCGCGCCCCAGGACGGUUCUCAGGACAAGCUGGCAGAGCAGAUGGCACUGGAGAACCAGGUCCAUCAGCGAAUAGCCGAGCUGAGGAAGGACGGCUUGUGGUCCCUGAGGCGGCUGCCAAAGCUGCAGGAGGCCCCGCGCCCCCGCGCACACUGGGACUACCUGUUGGAGGAGAUGCAGUGGAUGGCCACCGAUUUCGCCCAGGAGCGGCGGUGGAAGGUGGCUGCCGCCAAGAAGCUUGUCAGGACAGUGGCACGUCAUCACGAAGAAAAGAAGCUUCGUGAAGAACGGGGGAAGCGGGAGGAGCAGAACCGGCUGAGGCGCAUCGCUGCCUCGACCGCUAGAGAAAUAGAGUGUUUCUGGUCCAACAUUGAACAGGUCGUGGAAAUAAAACUGCAGGUUGAAUUGGAAGAGAAGAGGAAGAAGGCCUUGCAUUUACAGAGAGUUUCCAGGAAAGGAAAGGACUUGAGGCCCAAGGGACCUGACGCGUUGCCGGAAAGUGCCCUGGGCUCGGGACCGCCUGGAAGGAAACGGAGAGCCAGCACGUCCCUCACUGAUGACGAAGUGGAGGACGAGGAGGAGACCAUUGAAGAGGAGGAGGCGAACGAAGGGGCUGUGGACCACCAGACAGAGCUGUCUACUCUGGCCAAGGAAGCCGAGUUACCCCUCAUUGAUUUGAUGAAGUUGUACGAAGGUGCCUUUCUGCCGAAUUUCCAGUGGCCCCAGCCUCAACCUGACAUUGAGGAGACGAGUGAGGAAGAAGACGUGGAAGACGGCCCAGCUGACCAGGAGGGCCGCAAGGACGUGGUUCUCAUCGACUCGCUGUUCAUCAUGGACCAGUUCAAAGCCGCAGAGAGAAUGAGUGUCGGGAAACCUCACACGAAGGACAUCGCGGAAGUGACCGCUGCCGCAGAGGCCAUCCUGCCCAAGGGCAGCGCGCGGAUCAGCACCGCGGUGAAGUCGGGGGUCCCAUCCCUGCUGUACGGCACACUCAGGGACUACCAGAAAAUCGGCCUGGACUGGCUGGCCAAGCUCUACCGGAAGAGUCUCAAUGGCAUCCUGGCAGAUGAGGCCGGGCUGGGGAAAACCGUGCAGGUUAUCGCCUUUUUUGCCCACCUCGCGUGUAACGAAGGCAAUUGGGGCCCUCACCUGGUCGUUGUGAGAAGCUGCAACGUCCUCAAGUGGGAGCUGGAGCUGAAGCGCUGGUGUCCUGGGCUCAGAACCCUCCUGUACGUGGGCAGCCACAGAGAGCUCAGAGCAAAGAGACAGGGAUGGACGGAGCCCAACAGCUUCCAUGUCUGCAUCACGUCCUACAAGCAGUUCUUCCGGGGCUACGCGGCCUUCACGCGGUUGCGCUGGCGGUGCCUGGUCAUCGAUGAGAUGCAGCGUGUGAAGGGCCUGAGCGAGCGGCACUGGGAAGCCGUGUUCACCCUGCAGAGCCAGCAGCGCCUGCUCCUGAUCGACGCGCCCCUGCACAACACCUUCCUGGAGCUGUGGACCGUGGUGCACUUCCUCGUGCCAGGCCUCUCCCGGCCCUACCUGCACCUCCCGCUGAAGGCCCCGAACGAGGAGAACCAGGACUACUACCACAAGGUGGUCAUACGCUUGCACAGGGUGACACAGCCGUUUAUCCUGAGGAGGACCAAGAGAGACGUGGAGAAGCAGCUGACGAGGAAGUACGAGCACGUCCUGAAGUGCCGCCUGUCCAGCCGACAGAAGGCCCUGUACGAGGACGUCAUCCUGCAGCCCGGGACCCAGGAGGCGCUGAAGGGCGGGCGCUUCGUGGACGUGCUGAGCAUCCUGCUGAGGCUACAGCGCAUCUGCAACCACCCCGGGCUGGUGGAGCCCCGGCUCCCGCAGUCCUCAUUCUCCGCUGGGCCGCUGCAGCUCCGCUUGGCUUCCCUCGUCCUGAAGGCACUCGACAGGGACGCCUGGAAGGAAACCGAUCUUUCGAUAUUUGACCUUGCUGGCUUAGAAAAUAAAAUGACUCGCCACGAGGCUGAAUGGCUGUGCAAGAAAAAGGUGACCCGGAAACUCGUCGAGGAGCUCUUCACGGCACCGCCCCCACCGGGCAGGCCGCCCCCUGUCCGGCUGAAGCCCAGCAGGUUGUUUCAGCCUGUGCAGUAUGGCCAGAAGCCAGAGGGCCGCACAGUGGCCUUCCCCAGCACACACCCACCCCGGACAGCCACCUCUGCCGCGGCCACUGCCACUCCACAGGGCCACGUUCGAGGACGACCACCGGUUGCCACAUUCUCUGCAAACCCGGACUCCAAAGCUCUGCGCAAACCGCCCUUGUUGAUUGCAGCGGCAGCAGCCCCGUUGCAGACCUCUCAGGCUCCCACCGGCGCUCCGAGACCCCAGGCCGCCUCGACCUGCAGCGCAGCUCCUAGCCCAGCCCAUCCUGCGAAACUGCGGGCUCAGACCACGGCCCAGGCCUCCGCCCCGGGCCCGCCCCAGCCCCAGCCCCAGGCCCCCCCGCACCCGGCCGGGCAGAGCACGCUGCCUCAGGGGCUGCUGCUCACCUCGCAGGCCCAGGCGCGCCUGCCUAGCGGGGAGGUGGUCAAAAUCGCGCAGCUGGCUUCACUCGCAGGACCACCGAGUCGAGUUGCCCAGCCGGAAACUCCAGUGACGCUGCAGUUCCAGGGAAACAAGUUCACCCUGUCCCACAGCCAGCUGCGGCAGCUCACGGCCGGCCAGCCCCUGCAGCUGCAAGGCAGCGUCCUCCAGAUCGUGUCCGCACCCGGGCAGCCCUACCUGCGCCCACCGGGCCCUGUGGUGAUGCAGACCGUGUCCCAGGCAGGCGCCCUGAGCGCCCUGGGCAGCAAGCCCCCGGCCGGGGGCCCGGGCCCUGCCCCCGUGACCCCGCCAGGUAGAGUACCCCGAGCAGGAAGGAGACCGGCUGCAGUGCUGCCUCCCGGCUCUCUUUGCCUAGAAGUCAGUGUGCCUGGUCGAGUGGCAGUCAACCCGCUGGCUGUGGGAGAACCCGGGAUGGCCUCCAAACCAGCCUCGCCCCUCGGAGGGCCGACCCAGGAGGAAAAGACCCGACUUUUGAAAGAGCGGCUGGACCAGAUUUACUCUGUCAAUGAGCGGCGCUGCUUCCGGGCACCCGUCUACGGUGCAGACCUGCUGGGGGUCUGCUCCCUGGCCUGCAGAGACCAGGUCCCGGGGCUCAGAGCUCCGGGGAGCAGGUAUGGGAAGGCGGCCAGGCCAGCGAGCAGCUGCACGUCCCCCUCAGAGAGUCAGAAGGACCUGAUUUUGACGCUGACUCAACGUCAAGAGUCCCUCCAGGAUGUUAUCGACAGGGUGGCGUGCGUGAUCCCGCCAGUGGUGGCCGCGCCCCCGUCUCUAUGGGUGGCGCGGCCGCCCUCCCUCUACAGCCACAGAAUGAGGAUCCUCAGGCACCGUCUGCGGGAGCAGGCGGCGCCCUACGCCCAGCAGUUGCAGCAGGCGACGGCGCUGCGCUCCCUGCGGUUCCCUGAGCUGCGGCUGGUCCAGUGCGACUCAGGCAAGCUGGAAGCCUUAGCAAUCUUGCUGCAGAAGCUGAAGUCGGAAGGACGUCGGGUGCUGAUUCUGUCCCAGAUGGUUCUCAUGUUAGACAUUUUAGAGAUGUUCUUGAACUUCCAUUAUCUCACCUACAUACGGAUCGAUGAAAACGCCAAUAGCGAACAGCGCCAGGGGCUGAUGAGGAGCUUCAACGGGGACCGGCGGGUGUUCUGCGCCCUCCUCUCCACGCGGAGCCGCGCCCCUAGCGUGAGCCUGGUGGAGGCUGAUGCAGUGGUUCUCUAUGACCACGACCUGAACCCCGUGCUGGACGCCCAGGCCCAGCAGUGGUGCGACCGGAUCGGGAGGCGCAAGGACGUGCAUGUGUACAGGCUGGUGAGCGGCAACUCCAUCGAAGAGAAGCUUCUGAAGAACGGAACCAAAGACCUGAUCCGGGAAGUAGCUGCUCAGGGGAACGACUACUCCAUGGCGUUUCUGACACAGCGCACCAUCCAGGAGCUGUUUGAGGUGUACGCCCCCCUGGACGAUGCCGGCUUCCCAGUGAAAGCCGAGGAGUUCGUCGUCCUCUCCCAGGAGCCUUCGGUGUCGGAAACCAUCGCACCCAGAAUCGCACGGCCCUUCAUAGAGGCCCUGAGGAGCAUCGAGUGCCUGGAGGGGGGUGCGCAGGAGCCUGCGGGGGAGACGCCGGCGUCCCCAGGCCCCGCCAGCCCCCGGGGCCCGGAGCCCUCGCAGCUGGAGGAGCUGGCUGACUUCAUGGAGCAGCUUACCCCAAUUGAAAAAUACGCUUUGAACUACCUGGAAUUAUUCCAUACUGCCAUUGACCACGGAAAGGAGAGGACCAGUGAGGACGCGGUGCUGACCGCAGUGAGCGCCUGGGAGGCCCGGAACCUGCGGGCGCUGCGGGAGCAGGAGGCCAGGGCGCUGCGGGACCUGGAGCAGGAGCAGCUGCUCACCUACACCAGGGAGGACGCCUACAGCGCGGAAUACGUCUGUGAAGGUGCAGACGGGCAGACGGAGCUCAUGCCGCUCUGGACCCCGCCCACGCCACCCCAGGACGACAACGACAUCUACAUAGACUCCGUCAUGUGUCUCAUGUACGAGACCACGCCCAUCCCGGAGUCUAAGCUGCCCCCCGUGUACGUGAGGAAGGAGCGCCGGCGGCACAGGACGGACCCCUCAGCUGCAGGCAGGAAGAAGAAGCAGCGUCACGGGGAGGCCGUGGUGCCCCCGAGGUCGCUGUUCGACCGGGCCGCCCCGGGCCUGCUUAAGAUGCGCCGGGAGGGGAAGGAGCAGAAGAAGAGCCUCUUGCUGAAGCAGCAGACACAGUUCGCCAAGCCUCUGCCCGCCUUUGCCAAGCCAGCCACCGAGUCGGGUCCCGACAACCCCGAAUGGCUCAUCAGCGAGGACUGGGCGCUGCUGCAGGCUGUGAAGCAGCUGCUGGAACUGCCUCUGAACCUCACGAUCGUGUCCCCGGCCCACACGCCCAACUGGGACCUGGUUAGCGACGUCGUCAACUCCUGCAGCCGCAUCUACCGUUCUUCCAAGCAGUGCCGCAGCCGCUACGAGAGCGUGCUCAUUCCCAGGGAGGAGGGGAAGAGUAAGAACAACCGUCCUCUGCGCACGGGACAGAUCUACGCCCAGGACGAGAAUGCCACGCACACCCAGCUGUACACCAGCCACUUCGACCUGAUGAAGACGACCGCUGGGAAGAGGAGCCCCCCCAUCAAACCUCUGCUUGGCAUGAACCCCUUCCAGAAAAACCCCAAGCACGCUUCCGUGUUGGCAGAAAGUGGAAUCAACUACGACAAGCCCCUGCCUCCCAUCCAGGUUGCAUCUCUCCGCGCAGAGCGAAUCGCCAAAGAGAAGAAGGCACUGGCCGAUCAGCAGAAGGCACAGCAGCCGCCCGUGGCACAGCCCCCACCACCCCCACCGCAGCCACAGCCGCCGCCGCCCCAGCAGCCGCCACCACCUCUGCCCCAGCCCCCCGCAGCAGGCAGCCAGCAGCCCUCGGGGCCUCCCGCUGUGCAGCCCCCUGCCCAGGCACAGCCUCCAGCUCAGCCUGCGCAGCCCCCGCCGAAGGCGUCGCCCGCAAUCACCACCGUGGGCAGCGCUGCCGUCCUGCAGGCAGGGGCCAUCAAAACGUCCGUCACGGGGACCAGCGUGCCGGCAGGCACGGUGAGCGGCAACGUGAUUGUGAACACCAUCUCGGGUGUCCCCGCCGCCACCUUCCAGUCCAUUAACAAGCGCCUCGCGUCGCCCGUGGCUCCGGGAGCCUUGACGACCUCCGGAGGCUCGGCACCUGCCCAAGUGGUCCACACCCAGCCUCGAGCAGUUGGCUCCCCGGCCACUUCUGACCUGGUGUCCCUGGCACCAACACAGGGCGUUAGAGCCGUCACCUCCGUGACGGCCUCGGCCGUGGUCACCACCAGCCUGACUGCAGCGCAGACGCCGACCCGGUCUUUGGUGACCCAGGUGUCCCAAGCCACAGGGGUUCAGCUCCCAGGGAAGACCCUCACGCCUGCGCACUUCCAGCUCCUCCGGCAGCAGCAGCAGCCGCCGCCCCCGCCGCCCUCCCAGGCACAGGUCCCACAGCUCCAGGGCCAGGCCCAGUCGCCCGCACAGGUCAAAGCCGUCAGCAAGCUGACGCCGGAACACCUGAUCAAAAUGCAGAAGCAGAAAUUGCAGCUGCCCCCGCAGGCCCCCCCGCCACAGGCCCCGCCGGGCCCCCCGCCGCCCCCCACACAGGUGCAGCCCUCACCACCCGCACAGCAGCAGAGCCCCCAGCUCACCACCGUCACGGCCUCCAGGCCCGGAGCACUGCUCACAGGCACCACCGUGGCCAACCUGCAGGUGGCCCGGCUCACACGUGUCCCCACGUCGCAGCUGCAGACGCAAGGCCAGAUGCAGGCUCAGGCACCCCCACCGGCGCAGGUAGCCCUGGCGAAGCCUCCGGUGGUGUCAGUGCCCGCAGCUGUGGUCUCCUCGCCAGGCGUCACGACCUUGCCCAUGAACGUUGCUGGGAUCAGCGUGGCCAUCGGACAGCCUCAGAAAGCCGCAGGACAGACCGUUGUGGCCCAGCCCGUGCAUGUGCAGCAGCUGCUGAAGCUGAAACAGCAGGCUGCGCAGCAGCAGAAGGCCAUCCAGCCGCAGGCCAGCCCGGGCCCAGCCGCCGUCCAGCAGAAGAUUGCUGCGCAGCAGAUUGCCGCCCAGGGCCAGCCCCAGAAGGUCACCUACGCCACCCAGUCCACCCUUAAAGCCCAGUUCCUCGCCCCACCCCUCUCCCAGGCUCAGAAGCUGGCCGGGACCCAGCAGGUGCAGACCCAGAUCCAGGUGGCCAAACUCUCUCCGGUGGUGCAGCAGCAGACACCUGUGGCUGGCAUCCCGCAGGUCGCCUCUGCUUCCCAGCAGGCGUCCCCACAGACUGUGACCCUCACCCAGGCGACAGCCACCGGGCAGCAGGUGCAGAUGAUCCCUGCGGUGACCGCGACCGCGCAGGUGGUGCAGCAGAAACUCAUGCAGCAGCAAGUGGUGACGACAGCGGCAGCCCAGCUGCAGGCCCCUGGGGUCCCCAACCCCACACAGGUGCCAGCCAGCGCCGAGAGCCCAAACCAGCAGCCCAAACUGCAGAUGAGAGUCCCUGCUGUCCGGUUAAAGACACCCACCAAGCCUCCGUGCCCCUAGCCAGGAAAGCAGCAGCCUCGGGGCGGGCCGCCAAGCGCCCCACCCCCAGCCAGAGCCAGCAGGCUGUACUUCCUGCUGAACCGCGGGCAGUGUCACGCGAGAGGUUCAGCGCCUGCACAGCUGCGGCGAGGUUGCGGGAUCCUCGCUGCCCGUGGUGGCCCUCGUGGACUGCCACCUCUUCUGCAGGAGACCUGUUGGAAACACGACGGUGGCGGUCUUGGCCCAGUCACUCCCCUCUGGCCGCUCCCCAGAGCAGCAGGGCUGGGUGUGGGGGCCUUUGGAGGCUGUCGGUGCCUGUGGUUUGCAGGUCACGGGGCCACGUGGAACGUGCAGUGAAUUACAGUGACUUCCUGCAGCUAAGAUGUUUUGAGAGCAUCCACCUCUACUCGGUUCUUGAUGCCCAACUGAUGCCCACCACGGUCCUGCAAGGAAAGGGGUCAUCUGGGGCCUGUCAUCUCAGGUUUGAGAGAGCCAGCCUGGCCUCUUCCUGUUCUCUGAAAUGUGACUUGUCAGGGCUUUGAAAGGACCACUUGGCGCUGACGCCUGCAGAAGCACACUGGUGACGCGGCUCUGGCCUGCGAGCAGGAAGAGCACGGUGAUUGAGCUUCCGUCCAAAGAGCAGCCAGUCUGGCCGGUCCCCAGGUUGCCGGGCCCUUGUGGGCUGCUCCCAUCCAGCAUACCUGCAACACCUCCCAGCUUUGGAGUCAAGCUUGCACUUGGACUUGGUGCCUGGAAGCAGCUCCUGCAGGUUUGAGGGCUCCUGUCUGGAGCGGUCAGGGCCCAGAGGCCCGGGCUGCUGCGGGUGUGCUGCCCCCUGGGCUGCUCACAGAGCUGAGCCGCCUGCCCCGGCAGGGGGCCUGCCCGGGGCCCGCUCUUGCUCGUGCACCGAGACCCCGACUGCUGCUCAGAGUCGCGUCCAGGAGCAGACGCGCACCCUCGUGAGUCUGUGUAGACUGCCGAGUCACGGGGGCCGUGGUGGGGAGGCCAGGAGGAGGCCCUGUGUCUGUGCCGUCUUGCUUUUUCCACCGUGGUGCGGUGCAUAUGCUAUGGCAGCGGGCUCCACCGGCACCGGGGCCCGGCCACCGAGCAGUCUGUGUGCUGAGGGGGAGUCAGCGUCCCGAGGGCGUUUUCAUCUGUGCUUUUCCUCGUUCGGCGACGUGGGCAGUGAGUGACACACAAGUCCCGUGGAGCCGGUGGGCACUUCAUCUGUGAGUUCUUGGUGAGAAAUGUGGAGAAAAGUGAGAGUCAGUCGUUGAAGAGACAGAGGGGAUUCAGCAUCUUAGUUAACUGAACGUACAGAAACAGAGCUGCUCACCUGGCCUUUCAGUUCUGGUUCGGUGCAGCCUGGAAGCCCCCCACCCCCGUACCCGGGGACCCCCUGCCCUUCAUCCUGUGUGCACAGCUGCCACGCGGGGCCGUCCUGUGAGCACACUUCACCGCACGCCUGUGUGCAUCCCUCGUGUCCUUCACGGGGCCUUGGAAGCCCCUCUUCGGGCGAUGAGAUGCUGAUGCGCUUACUUAGACCACCCUCGACACAGCGGCCGUGGUGGGCGUUCCGGUGAACGCUGAGCCUCGCAGGGGCGGGAACCUCCCCAGGCUUCCUGGAGACGGGCUGUGUGCAGCUGCAGCCCCCUCACCACGGGGGGCGGGGUGUUUCCUCCCUCAUCCUCGCGAUGCAAAGUAUGGAACAGGAAGGAGUUUCCUUGGAUCGCUGGGCUCAGUGACGUCUGCACGUUGCCACUGACCUGCAGUCGCUCAGGUAGAACCCUCCUUCCGGAACGUUGCUUCCGAGGUCAGGCUUUCCACGCAGAGGAGGGUGUGAGUUCGGGAGAGGGCCGCUGCUGGGACCCGCGCUGCCUGUGCUGCUGGGGAGAGGCCUUCUGAGCACAGAGCAGCAGGGCUGGUCCGGCUCGCACCGCCCUCCCGUGAGGGGCGCGCGCCUCCGGGACGCAGGGGGCGGGUCCACACACGCGCAGACGUGGCGCCUGCGGAGGCGCCCCUCUCGCGUCUCGAUUUCUUGUUUAACUGUUGUAACCAGGUAGCUGUCGUGUUUUAAGAUAAUAAAAACGAAGACUGAAAUUGUAAAUACUUUGUAAAUAUAAUCAUUUGUACUUGAACAGUAGGGUUUCAAAGGGCACUGAUAUCCCACCACAGAAGAGGCAUAAUAAACGACCUUUUUAUAUGUUUC